AGCCCGCUGCGCAUGCGCUUCCAACGCUAGCAACGAGGUGGGAAAAUUGGUUUUAGUUUCAAAGAUCUGACAUAAACAUGUGUUUUAGAGAAAAUCUGAAUCGAUGUGGAUUAUAAACGUGGACAAAUACGCUCCUCAGUUAAACACUAAUUCAUUGUCUCUGCAGAUCACUGAACCUCCAGGAGGCUGGCUACACUCAGGUGACACAGACAACUGACGAACCUUCAGUGUGAAGGAGAUUUUUUUUUUUUUUUUUUUUAUUGGGUAGGGGGGGUUCAUCUGCAGCUCACCUGUUUGUACAGCAUGAAGAUUGCAGUAGAAGGCUGUUGUCAUGGAGAGCUGGACAAGAUCUACGAAACAAUUGACUACCUGGAGAAAAAGGAGGGGGUGAAAGUGGAGUUGCUGCUCUGCUGUGGAGACUUUCAAGCGGUGCGAAAUGAGGGAGACAUGAAGUGCAUGGCGGUACCAGCCAAGUACAGGCAGAUGCAGACCUUUUACAAAUACUACUCUGGGGAGAAGAAAGCUCCACUCUUGACUAUUUUCAUCGGAGGGAACCACGAAGCUUCCAACCACAUGCAGGAACUGCCCUACGGAGGCUGGGUGGCACCCAACAUUUAUUACCUGGGUUAUGCUGGUGUUGUUCGCUACAAAGGGAUAAGAAUCGGUGGUUUGUCUGGAAUCUUCAAAUCACAUGAUUACAGAAAAGGUCACCACGAAUUUCCUCCGUACAAUCCCGACACCCUCCGAAGCGUAUACCACAUCAGAAAUAUUGACGUUUUCAAAUUAAAACAGAUUCAGAUGCCCAUGGACAUGUUCAUGAGCCACGACUGGCCUCGUGGAAUCUACUACUACGGAUGCACAAGGGAGUUGUUGCGUAAGAAGAAGUUUCUGCGUCAGGAAGUGGAAUCAAACACUUUGGGAAGUCCGGCUGCCGAGGAGCUUCUGGCUCACCUCCAGCCCAACUACUGGUUCUCUGCACAUCUUCACGUCAAGUUUGCUGCUGUUAUGCAGCAUCCGCGCAAAGGUAAUGCCGCCCCACGAGUAACCAAAUUCCUGUCGCUGGAUAAAUGUCUGCCCUACAGGGAAUUCUUGCAGAUUGUGGAUAUUCCAGACAGAGAAAGUUCAUCUGAGGGUCUGGAAUAUGAUCCAGAGUGGCUCGCUAUUCUGAAGGCUACCAACAAUCUACAGAGGACCAGCCCCCGGCCCUGGAACCCCCCUGAGAACAAUGGCCUCCAUGAACGGUGGGACUUCAGAGCCUCAGAGGCAGCUUUGAUGCAGGUGGUGGAGGAUCUCAGCGGUGAUCUCACGAUUCCCCAAAACUUCUGCCAGACCGUACGGUCCUAUGACCCCAACAAUCCUCAGCCGCAUGGCACACCGAGCUGUAACGCCAACCCUCAGACGACUGAGCUCUGUGCCAAGUUAGGCCUCACAGACAUCUACGCCCAUGUUGGGCAGGGUGGCGGUGAGCUGGGCGGAGCUCAGAACACGAGAGGGGAGGACAUCGACGAAGACGGAAGUGUAGGAAGUGCAGAUGAGCCAAGCGAAUAUCCGUCCGAUACCUCUGGGUUGUCGAGCUCUCUCAACCCUGAUGAGAUCACGAUAGAGGAUGAGUGGGAGGAAGAGGAGGAAGGCGAGUCAAAAGCACCAGAGGGGGCAGAUAAGGCCUGUAAAAUCCACACACCUAGCCACAUGGUGCUACCUGAGCCCAAAUGUCACGCCUCACCCACUCCGCUGUCCCAGCUUAUGAACUUGCCACCCACCUCCCACUCUACUCCAAGAUUUGACCUGGCUCAGAGUGAAGCAGAGUGUGAGGGUGAGGGUGGGGACGGGGACGAGGACCUCAUGGCAGCACGCGUCCUCAAACGCACCAGCAAUGAGGGCGGGGAACCAGGCAGCAGAGGCCCCACUCCCAGAAUCAAACGGAGGAACCAAGUCAUCUACGCAGCAGCGGACGAUGACCAGAGUGACGGUUAGCGCUCAGGACGAGGAGACCGCUCAGAGGAAACAUUUGAAUCAGUUCAGAGUGAUUACUAGGACUUCUGAUGAAUUAGUGUAGUUUCCUGCCUUUCAUACAGGUGCUCACACAAGCUGGUUAAAGCAGACGCAGGUAAAAUACGCCCUAGUUUCUCAAUGAUGUCUACAGAAAGGCAGUAACAGCUGUGAAAACAUUUGUUAAAAUAUGGUUUUAUAUGUUUUAAUCAAACCACAAAAAUUUUAGAAAAGAGAUUUGAGUUCUAUCUUUUGUAUUUGCCAUUAAAGAUUUGAUAAUAUUGAUGAAA